AUGUUACCUGUUUUAGUAAGCAAUUUUCCUGCUGGAGCAUCUGCACAGAUGGCUUACCAUAUUGCUCAAAUUAGUCAUUCAGAUAAUUUCACUAGGUAUGAUUAUGGUACAGAAAAAAAUAUGAAAAUUUACGGACAACCAAAUGCUCCUGAAUUUAAUCUGUCUGCUGUAACAACCCCUGUAGCACUGUACUAUGCUAAAAAUGAUUUUUUAGCAGCCUAUGAGGCAAGUAUAUUAUUUAUUGACCUAUUACUGUGA